AAGGAGGUGCGGUCACUCAGGUGUCUCCCUCGGGUCGUCCGCUCUCUUUGUGAGGUGCGUGCGGAGGGUAUCCCAGAGGCGCCUCUUCAGUCUUGGACUCGACCUAUCCAUGAGUCAUCCUUUGGUGGAAAGUCUGACAAACUACGACCCGACUCCACCCGCACGGUGUAUUUUACGCCUAAACGGGCCGAUUCGAUCAUCUUACUCACUCGCUCGGGUAAGCAUUGCGCGUACGUCCGGGACCUAGAAAACAUGGGCCACCCGAGCAGUACGGAAUCCGAUACUCUGUAACCACCCUCUUCCUGACACUACCAUGCCCCGACUGUACGACGCGCGCCUAUGCAAUGACGCCAUCAGGAUCGACUACGACGACCCGGUAACAGUGAUCGUGGGUGGAACGGACGGAGUCGGGAGGGCGCUGGCAGCAAAGAUGCGGAGGAGGCUCGGGAGAGGACGGGUACUAGUGUUGGGCCCGCCAUGUGCUCCCACCGUACCAUCCCGCUACGAGUCGGACACGGAGUCGACGACAAGCAAGAAGGCGAUCACUGAUUCCGAUGGACACAGCUCGAUGAUGAAGCCCGGUUUAGAGACAGAUGUCGAGGUGGAGUAUGUUGCGUACGACGCGAGUGACUUGAGCAACGUGCGAGAAGUGUGCGAUCGCCUGGUUGCCACAUUAGGGAAGAUCAACUUCUUGGUCUUGACCGCGUCGACCGCGUCACGGAAGGGAAAGGAGAAGGAGGGAACCAAGGCCCGAUUCGAGCAGGAUCUUGUUAUCAACUAUUUCUCUCACUUUCUAUGUGUCUCCAUUCUCAUCAAUCUCGUUUCUGCCGCGAGAAGACGGAACGAGGACGCCCAGGUGUUGACUGUGUCUGGCGCUGCCCAGAAGCAUGUCAUACCAGAAGAAGACUUCCAAUUCGUGCGCGCACGCCAACAGUACGCCGAAAAGAUUCAUCGCGCGCACGAGGAGGGGAGGAGGACUCUCCCUUUCCUCAUGGACUAUCAGGGCAUGCUGAUCGCCGCGACAUACAACCAAGUGUUGGUAGCAUGGUUUGCGGCCAAGUACCCCGAUAUCGCCUUCACAUAUAUGUACCCCGAAUCCACGAUUGUCGCAACCCGCCUCCAGUCGCUAAUACUGCUCAUACUUCCCCGCCGCGUCCAAAACCGGAUAAUACAGACCAUUUCCCAUCCAGUGAAUCUGGAUGACUCUGCAGAGCUUGUACUGUAUGCCUUGAUGGAUUCCAGUCGGCGCGGUCUGUUCUUUCGAAAUAAGUGGGGUGACCUGGAUAGUCGCUUCACUUUCCCGAGAGUCAAAUCGGGUGAAACUGCUUUUGAGGCUAGUAUGGCCCGCGAUUUGGGUAACAUGUUGGGGCAGCAGAUGCUGGGCUACUCUGGUUCAGAUUUCUGUGUGGUGAAACUGCAUUGCACCUUACGUCCGAUGAUGAAUUACGCUGGAGCGACGCUGACGGGCAUGGCUGGCGGUGGAACGCCUCGUCUGAAGUCUUCGAGGACCAACGUCGCUCGGAAACCCCCCGCCGUAUCUCGAGCUCAGAAAGUCGCGAUGCUGAACACCUACGCAACGGCAGUCACUGCCCCCAUCCUCUGGGUUUCGGCGAUGAUGCCGCUCCAAGCUGCGACCGCGGCCGACUAUCAGAACUACGCUGAUGCGUUGUACGAAUACACGUCCCAAAUGCCACCACGCACGCCUGUAAAGAGGUUGGAGCCGCAUCCGAGAGGGACUUGGCGCAUCACUGUCGACAACCCUUCAGCUGCGACAGCAGGUGUGCCACGGUCCGCAGUUGCUCGACUCGUUCUUCCCUCGAAAUUGAAGUCGGGGCCGACGCCCCCAUCUCCUGCCAUUACCUCUUCUCGAUCAUCGGUGCCACCGACGAGUCCUGUGCUCAGACCAUCCUCCACACCCAGCCGUCCAGGCGCUUCACCCAGUAAGACACCUCCCGUGCCAGAUUCGCCAAAGUCAGCUUCUACGAAAGCCGAUGCCGCAAAUCUGACCCUGACUCCUGGCUCCGAGUCUUCCGAUUCGUCGCGCAGCGCUUCCCAAGAUAUGACAGUCACUUCCCCGCACCCAAUCGCCGAAAUCCCCGCAUCCACAGCCACCCCGCCGGUUUCCCUCGUUGCGACACCGAGCUCGAGAAAGAAUUCGGGAGCGUCAUCCACGAUCUGCAGCCCCUCCCGUCCGUCGGCCGCAGCCGCACUCGUAGCCACGGUCGCACCGACGAGCUGGCAGCCACGAAAUGUUCCCUGGAGCUACAUCCCUGGCGUCAGCUACAGCUACCGCGACUGCAGCGACUACAGCGACACGCCACCUGGGUCGGUUGCCCCGCUCGGCCGACGUACCCCAACGCUCAUCCUGCGUUCGAUUCGGCCGCCGCAUCAUGGGACCGUGUCGCAUUGCUGGGAGGACGAGGAGCAGACGGAUGCGGAGGCCGAAUGGGGCGUGUGUUACCCCCGCGAGGCCGGGCGGGAGGGCGAGUGUCUCGCUGUGAGUGUUGCGGGUCCCAUUCUGGUGCGGACGAGGUUCGUCAAGCCGGGGGAGGCGACUGCGGUGAAGUUUUGCUUCUAGACGACUGCUUUAUGAUGUGUUAUGACUGUGACGACUACUGACGAGUGACUCGCUUGCUUACUUGACCGGCUUCAUGAUGCCGAGCUCACCCUCCUUUACGAUAUUUGAAUGUUGUUUUACGAGAGUAGCGCUAUGUGCUAUGCAUAUCUGUCCUUUACAACCCCAUGUACAUAUAUCUUGUGUCAAAUGUAUGUGCUACCUACCUAGUUGCCACCAGCAAUGAUUGUUGGAAUGUUGCCCGGUCCUUAGGCCCAAGAAUCCUCUUUUCAAUACAUAUAAAUAGCAGGCAGUCACCACCGACUAGAGAC